AUGCUCUGCACCACAGUUGCUGCUCUCCUCUUUCCCGUUGCCGUCAUGGCCUUCCCCGCCGCGAAGCCAGCCAACGGGGUCGAAGUUUGUCUACCAGUUUCCUACAUCCUGACGGAGUACACCAUCGCCAAGUCUCCGUCAUACUACUUCGUCAGCUUCAACCUUCAGUCCUCAUACACCAUUGAUGCUCGUGUCGACGACAAAGUCGAAGAUGGUGCGAACUGUGAGGCCGACGGUAUCGAAAUUCACUCUGGCGGCAACAAGUGCAACAUUGCUGGCGAGAAGAUUGACAACCUGGUCUUCGACCUGAGGGAGGGCUCUGGCGAUCCCAACUACCGCAUCCAACACAGCUGGCAGUGCAAUAACGCGACCUGGACUUCCCUCAACGAUAUCGAGCUGCCCUCUUUGGACUGCGAAACAACAGGGAAUGGCAAGGAGGGCGAGACCACCAGGUGCACAUCAAAGCCUAUCAUCUUCAUACCUCAGAACGGUCGUAAACUCUCGAGAGACGACAAGAAGAAGGCUGCCGGCAAGAACGAGGCCGCAAAGCCCAGCGCUUCACCUACAAUCAAGGCUGCCGACUGCCCCAAGUGCAAGAUCAGCCCUUCAAUCUGA